AUGCUUUGGUUCAUCACUCUCAGUAAGGAGCCAAGCAGUCAAGAAGUACGACGCGAGGUGGACAUGCUAAUAGAUUGCUUAGUCGCCGCCAGUGGCCUUGCGGUUGUAUCCGCCGAUACUCCAUACCGGCCUGGUGUUGCCCCUUCACCGUUUCCAGAAAAUGCUGCAGCUGCUCGCCUCCACAUCAAUCCCGACACAGCUUGUGAGCAAGCCGAUAAUGCGACGGAGUCACGCCAGGUGCAGCUUGCGGCCUGGAUCGAAUGUCAGGUACUAGAAACCGCCGACGACACAGACUGGGUAGCAGGUUACACCAAUGCAUUCCACCCCGACGGACGAUUCGGCUUCAACAACACCAGAUACAAUUACGACGGCUUCUUGCAAACCUACAAAGGCUUUAGUAGUGCCAUCGGCAAGAGCUACGGAACAGGGUGGCAACAAUGGCGUGAUUACUACGUUGCGUCGCCGGACACCUGGGACCCUCAGGGUAGGGGUGGAGUGGUGACUACCCAGGGUUUCCACGGCGGCGUGCUCAGAAACCAGACGGUGGCAAAUAACUAUCCAAAUGCUGGAUACUUUGUGGUCAAGGAGAUUGAAGGGAGACGCUGGAUCUGGGAGUUAAGAGAGCACGGUACGGCGCCUAGUGCACAAACAUUGCCAGAGGUAGGCCAAAAGUGGCCGUGUGAUCCUGUGUACGAGGUCUGCACAUAA